AUGCGUUACUUCGUCGACGCGAGCAGCAGCGACAGAUCCGAUCGUGCACAACUACAACCACGACAUUCCAACCCAUCUCCGCCCGCAUAUCCGUCACCGUCUAAUAAAGCUAUUCUGGACGGAGAAACACCCUGCGUGCUGCGGUGGGACCCGGGAAGUGAGCGCGGUCCCCCAGAAGAAGCCGAAGCCGAAAGUCGUAUUCAGGAAACUGAGGCCGAAGGCCGAGUCCAAGAAUCAGGAUACGAGCGAGAGACGGAGGGACUGGAAAACAGCAACGCCGAUGCGAAGGAAAUCGAUCAAGAAGGAAGAGAGAACCCUGAAUCUAGCAGCACUGCUGCCCGGACAGCUUCAGACCGAGAGCCGGAAGAGCAACGCAGCAAGGACGAGGAGCAAGCUGUACGAGAGGAAAUAGCCCGCCAUCUAGCCAGGAUCUUGCUGCCAGAAUGUGGUGGCUGA